CCUGAGUGUGAGAGAAGGAGCUGCUGCGUACAGUGCGAGGAGGAGGCAGCAGCAGCAGCAGCACUGACAACAGCAGCCGCCGCCCGGCACUAAUCUCUAGUAAACCUAGUGGAGCAGCUCAUUUCCCUUCACAACGUCCCAUUUACACACACGCCUGCGGAAAGGGGCAGGCUCUCAUCCCUCCUUGUGCUUUCCCACAAUUAGCAUUGAGGUGUUUGUGGUUUCUUGCAGCCAGGAUGCCGAGCCAGGUGAGGGCAGCGGAUAAAGUAGCCCUGGAAGAAGAGGAGAUUGUCACCUACCCCCCUGCAGAGUCCCUGCAGGAACAUGCACACAUCCCAAACUUCAGCAGAUACCAGGAACUGUACCAGAAGUCCAUCCACAACCCACAAGAGUUUUGGACGGCUGUCGCCUCAGAAUUUUACUGGAAAUCUCCUCCGUCUGGGAAAGUGCUGGAUUAUAAUUUUGACAUCACCAAAGGCAAAAUCUUUGUGGAAUUCAUGAAAGGGGCAAAAACCAAUAUUUGUUACAAUGUCUUGGACAGAAACGUCAUGGAGAAAAACAUUGGGGACAAGACGGCGUAUUUCUGGGAAGGCAAUUCACCUACUGAUUCUUCUGUGAUUUCCUAUGCCGAUUUACUGAAGGAAGUCUGCAAGAUGGCAAAUGUCUUAAGAAGUUUAGGUGUGAAGAAAGGAGACAGAGUAGCCAUUUAUUUGCCAAUGAUCCCAGAGCUGGUAUAUUCUAUGUUGGCAUGUGCCCGCAUUGGUGCAGUUCAUUCAAUAGUGUUUGCAGGCUUCUCCUCAGAAUCACUGUGUGAACGAAUCCUUGACUCCCAGUGUGCUGUCCUUAUUACUGCAGAUGGUGUAUUCAGAGGAGAAAAACUCAUCAACCUGAAACAUAUUGCAGAUGAGGCAAUCCAUAAAUGCAAUGAGAAGGCACAAGUUGUGAGGAACUGCAUUGUGGUUAAACACCUUGGUGGAAAGUUGAACAACCAAAACAUAUCAAAGCUCCAGACUGCUUGGAACCCAGAGAGUGACAGGUGGCUGGAUGAGCUGAUGGCAGAGGCAAAUGAGGAGUGUGAGCCGGAGUGGCUGGAUUCAGAGGAUCCUCUAUUCAUCCUCUAUACAAGUGGCUCCACUGGAAAGCCAAAGGGCGUUUUGCACACAGUUGGAGGAUACCUACUGUACACUGCGCUAACAUUCAAGUAUGUCUUUGACUACCACGAAGAUGAUGUUUAUUGGUGCACAGCAGACAUUGGUUGGAUCACUGGUCAUUCUUACAUAACUUAUGGCCCAUUAGCCAAUGGUGCUACAAGUGUGAUGUUUGAAGGUAUUCCGACCUAUCCACAUGUGGGGAGAUUUUGGGAGAUCAUUGAGAAGUACAAGGUGACCCAGUUUUACACUGCACCCACUGCCAUCCGAUUGCUGAUGAAAUAUGGAAAUGACGUCAUACAGAAGUACGAUUUAAAUUCUUUGAAAAUUCUGGGUACUGUAGGAGAGCCUAUAAACUCAGAAGCCUGGUUUUGGUAUUAUAAUGUUAUUGGCAAUCAGAGAUGUCCUAUCGUCGACACCUUCUGGCAGACAGAAACAGGAGGCCAUGUUAUAACUCCGCUGCCAGCUGCUACACCGCUGAAACCAGGAUCCGCUACUUUUCCAUUUUUUGGAGUGGUCCCGGCUGUCCUGAAUGAGCACGGAGAAGAACUGGAGGGUGAAGCUGAAGGGUACUUGGUCUUUAAGCAGCCAUGGCCCUCUAUAAUGCGGACUGUAUAUGGAAAUCACGAGCGCUUUGAGAAUACGUAUUUUAAGAAGUUUCCUGGAUAUUAUGUGGCUGGAGAUGGAUGCAAGAGGGACAAAGAUGGAUAUAUCUGGAUUACAGGUCGGAUUGAUGACAUGCUGAAUGUUUCAGGUCACCUGCUAAGCACCGCCGAGGUUGAGUCUGCCCUGGCAGAGCACCCGGCGGUGGCGGAAGCCGCAGUAGUAAGCCGCCCUCACACCGUGAAAGGAGAAUGUCUUUACUGCUUUAUCAUUUUGAAAGAUGGGAAGAAAUUUACAGAGCUGGUCGUAGAAGAACUUAAAAAACAAGUUCGUGAAAAAAUUGGGCCAAUAGCAACACCAGAUUUCAUACAAAAUGCUCCCGGACUGCCAAAGACACGAUCAGGUAAAAUAAUGCGGAGGGUACUCCGGCAGAUUGCUCGCAAUGAGAAGGAUUUGGGAGACAUAUCUACUCUUGGAGACCCAAGUAUAGUUGAAGUCUUGUUCAGCCAACGAUGUGAAGCAGCAGCUUGAAGAGUUUUCAGUAUCGGCCUACAUAGGACAAUCAUACCAUUACUGUUUUUCAUGGGUUUUAUCCUAAUCUUAGUGUAUAUAGUUGAAAAUCCAUUGAUGUAGAGAGCUGUCCCCAUUAGGACCCGUCUACAUAAGGAAUUGUCCAUGAUGUCCCUAUAAUUUUUCUAAAUUGAACAACUUAAGCAUUUUAUUUCUUUAUGAAAUCAUUAGUUUAAAAAAAAAAUUUUUUUAUACAACUAAUUUUCUAAGUAACAAAGCAGACAGCAAUGAAGAUUGAAUGUAGGAUUUUAGUGGUUAAAGUCCUACAACAACACAUGUAAUAUACGGAAAUUUGUUAAAAAUUGUAGAGUAAAUGAACGUGACUGUAAUAAUAUGUGAGAAAAAUGGUGAAAAAGCUAUUUAUGUUGUACAAUUAAGAGUGUCUCCCUGGGAUGUGUACCUGCCAACAUUCCCAAUUAGACAAUUGGGUCACAGUAUGCCUAUGUCAAACCACAUCAGAUCCCCCCAAACAACACCCAUUCUGGGAGACCAGCCCCUUUCUGGCAGGCCACACCAAUCGCAGCUGCCAAAACCAGGACUGUAACGAAAAAAUGUGAACUUUUGGCACGCGGGACUUUUUGUGUGUAAAUGUGCUUUGUCUGCCAAAAGCGGGCUGCUAGAGAGGAGAGGGACACUGGGACAGAUAUAAUACAUGUAUGAUUAGCAUAAGCCAGCAAAAUCAGGAUGUUACUGAAAUCAGACCAGUUAUAUGGAUUAUUUGAUUUUUGCCAUUAGAAGACAUUUUUGGUCAUAUGUUGCUAAUAGCACAAUUGUCUUGUCUCACAUAGCACCCAUUAAGACAUUUGCUUUCACUUGUGUAACUUGGACUAGACUGAUAAAAACAAAUCUGUCUUCCUAUUGAUUUGAUAACCGCAGUUUGCAAACAUAUUUAAAAGAUGUUUUUUUCCUUCACCACUCUCCUUAUUCUUAUAAUGAUUAGAAAUAUCUGGGGAAAUUGUUACCAAUUGUAUUUUUAUUACACGUUUUUGUUUUUAGUUGCAGUCCUCUGUUAUUUUUUUGUCCGUAUAGCUUUAUGGCUUUUGUUUUGUUGUGCUACUGUAUGUAAAUGUUUAUCAGUUGUCUAAAUGAAAUGUAUUUACAGAUGUGACUUUUAUGAAAGAGAGGUGGGAAGAUGGUUAGGCUCUCAGUGAGUGGAUAUAAUCAGAAAGGCAGACGCUCCUCUUAAUGUGCGGAUAAUUACCCACAAUAAAAAGCACUCGAUAUCUGCUGUACGGAUUCUUUAGACCAAAGAGCAAAGCCCAACUUAAGUCCUGUGGGGUCCUGAACAGCCUUUAUCGUGACCCCCAAUAUUCAGCAUAGUUCCAUAAACUCUGUUGGAUGAUAAAGUUAUAACAGAAAUGUGACAUUUUAUGGAAAUGCUUGGACAUCACUGCAAUAAAGAAAUAAUAUUGCUUUAGUUCAUCAACUACCUGCAACAUGGAUGUGGGCUAAUUGCAAUGCAACUGCACUAUGCCUAUGUGCUUGGGUUUAGAUGGCUGACCACAGGGAACAGCAAUGUGAUAAAGGACCUCCAAAAUGUCACUUUACUGCUUAUUAGCUACAAGGUGGUUUAGUUCAGUAUGUAAACUGACAGGGAGGAUAUUACUGAUUUUGAACCCAUCUGUUUUCUGAAAAACAAUUUACUUGAAUAGUUCUAUCUACCUUCAUACAGGGCAUGAACUUCUGUGAAGAACACAAAAUAUUUAUCGUUGCACAAAUUUAAAUCAUUGUUACAUGUAUUUAAAUCCUCUAUGUUAUUCUAUUUUAUGUUGCAUAUGUUUUAAAUGACUGGGUAAACUACCUGAUCGGUAAGAAUUACCUUUCUAUUCUCUAUUAGUGCAGAGAUUACAAAUUUUUAUGAUUUUAUUGUAAUAUGUAAUAUUGUGCUCACAAUAAGCUUUUCAGUGAAUAAAUACUGUACAAGCUAAA